AUGUUUUGUCGGAGUUUAGAACAGCAAUGCAGCAAACUGAGUGCAGAUUUGUUGUUGCUGCGCACUUUGGGCUUAAAGCACACAGCGUUUCAGGCCCGAGAGUCUGCAGUGCGCACCGGGCGUCGCGUUUACUCGGAAGUUACUUUUCGAGGAAAACCCAAAAUUGCACCGCCAGAAGAUAUGCAUGAAGCUGAUAGACAGCCUUAUGUUUACUUAACAUGCCCUGGGCAGCAGCUGCUGCUGCAAAGGGAUCGCAUUGGUCAUAAUGCAAUCGGCUUUGAGGUGUCUGAUGAGGAGACAGGUCAAGUUCUUGCUUUCGGUUUCAUUCGCUUUGAAGACCUUUAUAAUGUUGUUAAAGAUGCAACUCAAGACCCCAGAAAUGCAGGUGGGGUGUCUCCUCAGCACCGGCGUUUUCGUGUGGGGUUGGAGCAUGUCGAUGGACGGGGCCCUUGGGGGCGUUUGGAGUGCAGUUUAGAUAUAACGCACAUUAAAUACUUUAUCCGGCAUGAAGAGAAGGAAGAGGAGCAAGAUGUGUCUCUCUUUCAACGAAGAAGAGCGAGAAAGAAAACAGACUUCCAGCCAAUGGGCGCCGCCUUAGCUGCGCGCUCUGCUGCACGCAUACGCGAAGAACCCACCCAUGGUGAGGAGGAGACACUUAUAAAGGAGACACUUAAGGAGACACUUAUGAAGGAGACACUUAUAAAGGAGACACUAGUACAGGAGACACUUAUACAGGAGACACUUAUAAAGGAGACACUUAAAAAGGAGACACUUAUACAGGAGACACUUAUACAGGAGACACUUAUACAGGAGAGACUUAUAAAGGAGACACUUAUAAAGGAGACACUUAUAAAGGGGACACUUAUAAAGGAGACACUUAUUGAAGGAGACACUUAUUAA